AUGGUAACAAAUCUGCGGGAACAUAACAUUGUUAACGCUAUCAUAACCCGAAGUGGAAAGUCAACGGAGAUAAACAGUGUUGAAAAAGAUGGAUUGUUAGAAGUGGAUUUAGAAAUCAAGGAAACCAAGGACCAAGAUGAAGAAGUGAUACUACCACCUGUCAAGGAAAAAGAGAAGGUUUCAAAACCAAUCAUCAAACUCCCUUACCCUCCAAGACAGAAAAAGAAAGAUCAACAUGAGAAAAUUUUUGAGAGGUUCCUGGAAAUGUUCAAAAAACUAGAAAUAAACAUCCCUUUUUAUGAGGCAUUAGAACAAAUUCCAAUACAUGCCAAGUUCAUGAAAGACAUCAUCUCCAAGAAGCAUUCCACUGAUAUAGACCCGAUCAUCCUAACUGAAACAUGCAGUGUCAUUCUCCAAGGCAUGAAAAUCCCAGUGAAAAACAAAGACAGGGGAUUGGUUACUAUUCCAUGCACUAUUGGCAUCGACACUGUUCAAGAUACUCGAAUGACACUUCAGUUUGCGGAUCGCUCUGUGAGGCGACCCUAUGGGAUUGUAGAAGAUAUUCUUGUAAAAAUUGACAAGUCCAAAAUACCCCCGAGGAGAAUUCUCACCGGAAAGCAACAGCUUGCGGAGAUGGCAAAGUCACGAAAGUGA